AUGUCCCCCGACGCUCCACGACCCUACAGACCACACCUCUCCUCUCCAACCAGCUAUGAUUCGUUGAGACCCCCACCGAGUAUAACGACUUGGUCUGAACCCUCGAAUUCGCGCUCUGCUUCGAGCGUCGCGGUGGAUCAACAUGCGGGAGGGAGGGGAGCUGGAGGGGGAGGGCGAGGACAGGUGGAGCAAGGGAGGGGGAAGGUGCUCGUCAGGAACAAGGGGGAGGGGAAGGAGCGUAUGGGCCAUGAGGUGGUCGAGAUGGGAGGGACUGGCGUGAUGAAGUCGAAAGAGGACCCAGGUCGACGGCGGAAACGCAUCAUCCUGAUGAUCAUUUGCGGCCUCGUAAUCUGCGCAAUCAUCGUCCUCGUCGUCCUCGGCUGCAAAGGACAACUAUAA